AUGCAUUUUCUGGAUCCCAAACGCAGGCCUUGUGUGCUGACGGAAGGAAGAAUGGUUGAUGUAGACGAUGAUAAGAGGACAUCUUGCAACAGAAAUGAAUUCCAUCCAUCGUUUGGAUAUCCUGGAUCUCGUUUUGUAUUUUACCCGAAGUGCUUGAAUUUGAUGAAGGGCAACACAGAGUCACCCCCUGCUAUCCCUAUCAUGGUGCCUGACACCAACAUUUACAUGUUGUUUGCGCAUAGACAGUGGCGAGCGGGCAUGUUACUUGCAGACGCUAUCUAUACAAAAUGCGUGGAUCUUUCAGACAAGUGUGUGUUGGAGCUCGGGGCCGGGACAGGACUUCCAAGCUUAACGGCAGCAUUAAGCUCAGCGCCACUAAAAGUCGUUGUCACAGACUAUGAUGAUGAUGCGAUUGUAGGUGCACUACGUUCAAAUGUCAAAUUUACUAGAGAUGCCAAUCCCAACAGGAGAAUGGCGCCUAUUGUUGCAGCGGGUCACUCUUGGGGCCAUGCCAUGGAUGAUGUAUUAGACUUGUUACCACCAAACCAUACGCACUUUGAUGUGAUCUUACUCGCUGACUGUGUUUGGGAGCGCUUUUCACAUGACAUUUUGUUACGCUCUAUCAAGAAUCUGCUUUCGAAGUCACAGGACGCGCGGAUCUAUAUGGUAGCGGGACUCCAUACUGGACGGCGCGUGCUUAUUCAAUUCUUCCGGCUUGCUAUCGCCGCAGGAUUCGUUCUAGUGCCUCUACCUAACCAAGACAUGUGGCCAAGUUGCACGAACGAAAAACAAAGCACAUCACUGGAAGGUAGUGAACACGUCCUGGAACUCGAAGUAGGUGGGACGUGGGACGAGAACCAAUCACCAAGUCUCACAGGUGGUCGGCGACCGUUUUUGCUCCAUCGGGGUAAUGAGGGAGAAGAUGAUGAGCCGAUAUAUGAGCGUAAUCAUUGGCUGACGGUGUCAUGCCUAGCAUGGUCUCGCUAG